AUAGCAAUAUACCACUGCAUGAUGCUCUUAGCUGGUCACAUGACUGAGUGGUUGAGCAACACGUACAGAGAAAGAGAGAGAGAGAGGGGGGCGGGGCUUGCAUCGCUUCGUUUGGCGCUCUCGGGUGACGGACAGAAGGAUGGACUCGAGCUCAGCGGCGGGUCAUGUGGUCACAGUGGUCGUGCCCGCGUGUAACCUUAAUCGCGGGAACUAACACGGCGUCUGAGAGCGGGAUGGGCGAGGAGGCGUGUCCUCAUAAGCCACCGUCCUCCUGUCCUCUGAGACCCUUCGUCUACGUCCUACUUCCUGUCCUUAUCCUGCUGGGCGGUGUGAUGCUCGUGCUCGCCCUCACCGGUGUGAUUGGCAGCCGUGUCUUCGAUUCCAGCCACCUUCCGUCCCCUGAGCCAGACAGAGCCCCCUAUUACCAUGGCAACAGCACAAGGCCGCCCCCCCACCAACUUGGCAACUUAACAACCUCCCCCCAUGACUUCGCUGACCUCAUGCCUGCGACCGCCCCCAUCAUCUCAAUGCGCUCGUCUCAGGCCCCGCCCACUCAGCCGAUCACAGUGGCCCCCGAUUGGUUGACCUCCGUCACCACACUGAGCAGCACCUGGUUGACGUCGACGCCUGAUACAGGUGGUUGUCAGCUGAUGGCGGAGCCUCAGUGUCACAUGUUGCCCUACAAUCAAACAUGGCUGUCCUCUGCCACCGCCGUGGUGAAGAGCUCAGAGGUGGACAUGUUGCUAAGGUUCUUCAGCUAUUUGAGCAGACUGUCUUGCUACAAACACAUCAUGUUGUUUGGCUGCUCACUGGCCCUGCCUCAAUGUUUCCAUGACGACAGCACACAUUACAGGGGGGUGGUACUGCCAUGCGCCUCGUUCUGUGAGGCGGCCAGAGAAGGCUGCGAGCCCGUGCUCCAGAUGUUCAACGCCUCCUGGCCCGACUUUCUGCGCUGCUCGCAGUUCAGCGACACAGCUGCAACCACGGCGACCCCUGCAACGCCCGCCUGCUACACGCCAAAACACGCUAUUGGCAAACACUCGGCAUGUGGCGGAGAGGACGACUUCCUGUGCGCAACGGGCCUUUGUGUCCCCCAGAAACUGGUGUGUAAUGGCUACAAUGACUGUGACGACUGGAGCGACGAGACACAUUGCAUCUGUGCAGACGCGCAGUUUCAGUGCCUGACGGGUCGCUGCCUGCCGCCUCUUAUGUUGUGUGAUGGCUACGACGACUGCGGUGACCUCAGUGACGAACUUCAUUGUGUGUGCGACACGUUGCGGGAGCAUCAAUGUGGCGACGGCCGGUGCGUGUCCAAGGAUUGGCUGUGCGAUGGUGACCACGAUUGUCUUGACAAGAGUGAUGAGCUCAACUGCUCUUGUCGCAGCCAGGGUCUUUGGGAGUGCAGGAAUGGUCAGUGUGUUCCGUCUGCUUUCCGCUGUGACGGUGAGGAUGACUGCAAAGAUGGCAGCGAUGAAGAGCACUGCAGCCGAGACAAGACUCAGGCGGUGUGUGGCCCCGGCCAGCCCAGCUGCACGGCCACUUCCUGUGAGCACAGCAACAACUGCACUGGCUGUGAGCCAAUCAGCUUAGAGCUGUGCAUGAAUCUGCCCUACAACCUGACCCGCUUCCCAAACUUCUUGGGUCACGUGUCCCAGAGGGAGAGCUCUGUGUCGUGGGAGUCGUCGCUGUUUCCUGCCCUGGUCCAGACGGGCUGCUACCAGUACCUCAUGUUCUACGCGUGCACAUUGCUUGUACCUAAGUGCGACCCACUGAGCCUGCAGAGGGUCCCGCCCUGCAGGUCCCUUUGUCUCACGGCGAAGGAGAAAUGCGAGUCGGUGCUCGGCAUUGUGGGACUGCAGUGGCCCGACGACUCAGACUGCGCUCAGUUUCCCGAAGAGGGCGAAGACUUGGUGUGCCUGCUGCCCGAGGCCGGUGUAGAUGAGUGCUCCCCGAGUCACUUCAAGUGUCGCUCCGGUCGCUGCGUCCUAGCCAGCAAACGCUGCGACGGCCUCGCUGACUGUGACGACCGGAGCGACGAAGACCACUGCACAGGUUGCUCAGAGCGCGCUCUGUGGGAGUGUCCCGGAAGUGCCACAUGCAUCAAGACCAGCAUGAUCUGCGAUGGCUUCCCAGACUGCCCCCUGCUGGCUGAUGAGGCAAACUGCUCGAUGUGCGGAGAUAACGAGAUGGCGUGCAACAAUCAUGAGUGCGUGCACAGAACUUUGUGGUGCGAUGGAAAGAAACACUGCACUGAUGCCUCGGAUGAGUGGAACUGUGUGUCUCUGAGCGAGUCAACAGGUUCUGUUGUAACCGUGCUGAGGACAGCGGGCCACUAUCACGUGUGUGCUGACGAGUGGAAUCCACAGCUCAGCAAACUGACCUGUGACCAGCUGGGACUAGGGGUUCCCGACUCAGUUUCAAUGGUACCUGAACAUAUGGACCCUCUGGGCCGUCGUCGUUGGUUACACGUUCAUCCCGAGUGGAAGGAGAAGAAAGGCUUAGCUCUGCAGGCGCGACUAGAGAAGAGAAGUCACUCGUGUCAUUCCGGAAGGAGAGUUGCACUCGUCUGCAUCAGAGACGAGUGUGGCCUGCGUCCGGCCAUGCUCCCCCACAGGCAGAAGAGGAUUCUGGGAGGCCGCGUGUCACGACAGGGGGCGUGGCCUUGGCAGUGCUCGCUGCAAAGCGGCCAGAGCGGUCACGUAUGUGGCUGCGUCCUCAUCGGCAAGAAGUGGGCCUUGACGGUGGCUCACUGUUUUGAGGGGAGGGAGAAGGCCCACCUGUGGAAUGUGGUCCUGGGUCUGAACAACCUGGAUCAUCCGGGCAUGCACAGCCAGAGCCGCGGUGUGCGUGCCAUUACAGUGCACCCGCGUUACAACCGCGCCGUAGUGGACUACGACAUCAGCGUGGUGGAGUUGGACGCAGAGGUGGAAGAGACGGCGUGGGUCCGGCCAGUGUGUCUGCCUCGCCCCGACCAGAUUCCCGCUCCAGACUCCUACUGCUACAUCACAGGCUGGGGUCACAUGGGCAACAGGAUGCCUUUCAAGCUGCAGGAGGGACAAGUUCGCAUCAUCUCUGUCUCGCAGUGCCAGUCCUACUUUGACAUGAAGACCAUAACUCCCAGGAUGCUUUGUGCCGGCUACGAGGCAGGGACUGUUGACUCCUGCAUGGGCGACAGCGGUGGUCCUCUGGUGUGCGAGGAGCAGGUGGCGGGGACAGCGGGCCACUGGACGCUUUUUGGCCUGACAUCAUGGGGCAGCGUGUGCUUCAGUAAAGUGCUCGGACCAGGAGUGUACAGCAACGUGAGCCACUUCACACCCUGGAUCCGGCAGCAGAUCUUCAUGCAGACUUACCUGUCCGACUGACGCGUCUCUUCCUGUAUUGCGGGAGGAAGUGAUGUUGCAUCACACACGCUGAUUUCCUCUACACAAGCCUCUAUCCAUAGUUUACUUUUUAUGCUACCUGCUGUAAAGCUAACACCUUCUCCUAGCCGCACUGUGAUGAUGAUGAUGAUGAUGAUCUUUCCAAGAUGAAGCGGCCCCUCAACAUCAUCUGUGGUCCUCUGGUGCAUUGCAAGAUAAACUAGCUUAGCGCUGGCUGCGCAUGGGUGGCCAAAAUAAGAGUAGAAGAUGUUACAUCUCAUGCUAAUAGGCUAACGUUCUGCUCAUAUGUUAGCGUUGACUGAUUGGAUGUUUUUUUUAAUGAUUGUUGUUGUCCAUUCCUUCACAUCCACAACAUUCCCAGUGGUCGUUGUUUGGAAUUUUGUAGAGUAUUUUUGUACAACUUUUUGGGCGUCACGCUUAUAACACGCACGCACACACUCGGCCCUCCUCAGAUGUCACUUCCUGGUUUGUUAUCUUGAAGGCCAAUGUAAGAAAUCAACUGGAAUGUUUUGGCACAACAAUAAAAGUACACACACCU